AUUGACUUGUGUAUUGUGAUGAACUCAGUUUGUGUAAUUCAAUGUUUUGGUAUUACCAAAGAUCCGAAAACAAAUAAUUACAUGAUGGUAAUGGAAUAUGCAGAAAAUGGUAGUUUAAGACGAUAUUUAGAUAAGAAUUAUAAUUCAUUAAAUUGGAAAGAAAAGUUGAACAUUUUAUAUAAGAUAGCGUCUGGACUUCUUUAUAUUCAUUAUAAGGGAUUAAUUCAUCGAGAUUUUCAUUGUGGUAAUAUAUUAAGUAAUUCUGAUGAUACAAUUCGUAUUGCAGAUUUAGGAUUAUGUCGACCAGCGAAUGAAAAGAAUUCACAAAGUAAUGAUAACAAAAUAUAUGGAGUAUUACCUUAUGUAGCACCAGAAGUUUUAAGAGGACGAGAAUAUACACAAGAAAGUGAUAUUUAUGGAUUUGGAAUUAUAGCAAAUGAAAUAUGUACAGGAUUACCUCCUUAUCAUGAUAUAGCUCAUGAUGAAUUCUUAGCGACGAGAAUUUGUCGAGGGUUAAGACCAAAAUCUAAUCAUAAAAUUCCUAAACUAAUUUUUGACAUAAUUAAUCAAUGUUGGAAUGGGGAUCCUUCGAAACGACCUAAAGCAAAAGAAUUACCUAAAUUAUUAGAAGAUUUAAUUGGGAGAGCUGAAAUAAAUAACGAAUGUUUAUCUUUAAUUUCAACAAAAUCACCAGCUACUAGUAUUUUUUCGUACACAAAACAUCCUCAUGCAAUUUAUACAACUAGAAUUAUAAAAUAUUCAAAAUAUUCAGAAUAUUCAGCUUCCUUAAAAAUAGAUUUCGC